AUGGACAAGACCAUGUUUUUAGAUAUCGUGUGUGACAUUGAAGCAAACUUCCCGUAUUUCCAAGAACGUUACGAUGCAAGAGGAAGAAAAAGUUUUACGGCGAUACAGAAAUGUACAUCCGCCGUUAGGCAACUCGCGACGGGUAACGUACCAGACGAGUAUGACGAGUAUGACGAGUACUUGUGCAUGGCAGCCAGAACCGCACGAGAGACCCUUGAUUAUUUUUGUGACGCCAUCAUUCGGUUGUAUAGCCGAGAGUACCUACGCAGGCCGACGUCACACGACGUUGCACGCAUCUUCGAGGCCCAUGAGCUUCGACAUCAUAUGCCUGGGAUGCUUGGUAGCAUCGAUUGCACACAUGUCGAGUGGUCGGCAUGUCCUAGACGUUUGAGAGGGCAAUACAUGAGGGGUGACCACAACGGUCCAACUAUUAUGGUUGAAAUCACCGCGUCACAAGAUUUGUGGAUUUGA